CGGCCUCGCGGCCACUGCGCCGCCGCGUCCCCGCGCGUUCCGUCGGGCUCCCCCGACGCACCAUGGCGGAGCUGUGCCCGCUCGCCGAGGAGCUGUCGUGCUCCAUCUGCCUGGAGCCCUUCAAGGGCCCGGUCACCACGCCGUGCGGCCACAACUUCUGCGGCGCGUGCCUGGACGAGACGUGGGCCGUCCAGGGCGCGCCGUACCUGUGCCCGCACUGCCGCACCGGCUUCCCCGCGCGGCCGCAGCUGCGCAAGAACACGGUGCUGUGCGCGGUGGUGGAGCAGUUCCUGCAGGCGGAGCAGGCCCGGCCCGCGCUCGCCGACGACGGCUGGACACCGCCCACGCGCGCCGCCGCCCCCAGCGCGGCCGGCCAGGUGGCCUGCGACCACUGCCUGCAGGCCGCCGCCGUCAAGACGUGCCUGGUGUGCAUGGCCUCCUUCUGCCAGGAGCACCUGCGGCCGCACCUGGACAGCCCCGCCUUCCAGGACCACCCGCUGCAGCCGCCCGUCCGCGACCUGAUGCGCCGCAAGUGCGCCCGGCACAACCGCCUGCGGGACUACUUCUGCCCCGAGCACAGCGAGUGUAUCUGCCAUGUCUGCGUGGUGGACCACAAGACCUGCUCGCCUGCGCCCCUCAACGAGGCCAGCACCGACCUGGAGAACAAGUUGAGGCAAAAACUGACUGUCAUGUAUGGCCAGAUCAAUGGGGCGUCAAGAGCGCUGGAGGACGUGAGAGCUAGGCAGCAGGAGGUGCAGGAGGCUGCACACAGGAAGGUGGACCAGCUGAGACAAGAAUACCUGGAAAUAAAGGCUCUCAUUGAUGCCUCAGAGGCCAGCUCCACAAGGAAGAUAAAGGAAGAGGAGAAGAGGGUCACCAGCAAGUUCGACAACAUUUACCAGAUCAUCCUCAAGAAGAAGAGUGAGAUCCAGACCUUGAAGGAGGAGGUUGAACUGGCCCUGACUAAGGGGGACGAGUUUGAGUUUCUGGAGAAAGCGACAAAACUGCAGGGAAUCACCACGAAGCCAGUCUUCGUCCCCAAGGUGGAGCUGAACCACGAGCUGAUUAAGGAGGUCUGUCAGGGCACCUCCGACCUGAAGAAUGAGCUGAAGCGGUGCCUCAGACAGCCCCAGGACAAGAAGCCCGAGGAGCUCACUGUCCCAGGGGACGCUGGAGGACACUGCGGACCACAUACCCCGAAGACCCACCGGCCUGUGAAGAAGCCCCUGAAAGAAGAGAAGAAGCCCAGGAAACCUGCCUCUGCCGCCCUCAACAAGCCUGUCACCUUUGGAUCCUCGGAACACUUAGUGAAUCUCAAACCAACUGUCCAGGAGGGUGCAGCCAAAGCCCCUCCCGUGCCGCCGACCUCAGCAUCUCUCACCGCCAAGGUGCUGGAAAACUUCCUAACCAAGUCCAGGCCGGAGCUCCUGGAGUAUGUUGUUAAAGUUGUCCUGGACUACAACACCGCUCACAACAAGGUGGCCCUGUCCGAGAACUACACCGUUGCAUCCGUGGCUGACACGUCCCUGAACUACCGGCCGCAUCCCCAGAGGUUCACAUACUGCUCGCAGGUGUUGGGGCUGCACUGCUACAAGAAAGGGAUUCACUACUGGGAGGUGGAGCUGCAGAAGAACAACUUCUGCGGGGUGGGUAUCUGCUAUGGCAGCAUGGAGCGGCAGGGUCCCGAGAGCCGUCUUGGCCGCAACAGCGCGUCCUGGUGUGUGGAGUGGUUCAACACCAAGAUCUCCGCCUGGCACAACAACGUGGAGAAAACCCUGCCCUCCACCAAGGCCACGCGGGUGGGGGUGCUUCUCAACUGCGAUCACGGCUUUGUCCUCUUCUUUGCCGCGGCUGACAAGGUCCACUUGUUGUAUAAGUACAAGGUGGACUUCGCCGAGGCCGUGUACCCAGCCUUCUGGCUCUUCUCCACGGGUGCCACGCUCUCCAUCUGCUCCUCCAAGUAGGCCGGCCACAGAUGCUUGGCCGGACCGCCCGCGCGCUUCCCCAGGUCCCCCAGAGCCAAAGGGAUGGGAGGGCAGCUGCUGAGGGCAGGAGGCUGGGCAGAUGGGAUGAGAGGUCGGGGUUGGCCAGGGACAGGGGUGGGGUGUUUGCCUUGUGGGUGAGGAAGCCUCCCACUUCCUGGUGCCUCUCCGGCAGGAUGCUGGCCCCCCACCCCCGAUCGGUUCUGGUAGAUCUCCAGGCUGCUGGGUGGGUCUCUGGGGAGUUAAAGUCACUAGCGCCCCUUUCCUGCUGGACAUAAUCUGUAGCCACUGUGGGUUCUUCCUCAGGCCUCUGGUGCCUGCUUCUUUGCUCUCUGAAGUAGCCUUCAAAUCUUGGAGUUCUGAUGACUCUUUGUAGAGCUAUUCAGCUCUGUAGAUUUAAAAAAAAAAAGCCAAAGUCAGUGAAUUUCAUUCCCCUCCACUGCCUCCACACAGGAGCUGGGAUGAAUGCUCAGACUUCUGGUGAUUUUCUGUGCUCGAGGGAAGCAACAGGUCUCCACCCAGACCAGAGUUUCCCAAAGAAGUAUGUCCUUUAUCCCCUCCAGGUCCCUUCCUGUCUUGCACCUCAUCACCCCAUCCACGGUUUUAAAAUGUUGAGUCCCAACAGGAACCCUUUCGGUCUGAGAUUUCAAACCAUAUCUGAAUCAGCCUGUGUUGACUUUGUGAUUCAGGGUCAGCAUGACCUGGUCCUCAUGUGGCCACAAGCCCCUCCCACUCCUGUGUAUUAUGAAAGGCAUUUCCACAGAUGCCUUUGGCUUUGACUGCAGCCCCAGACCCUUCUGGUUGCGCAGGCCGUGGGGCAGCGGUCCCCCAUAGAUAAGAGAGUGUUAGCAGUUGGCAGUUUUGCUCUUAUCAGAGCAUCUUGCCUUCUGACUGAUCGCUCUCAUCAGUGGUAGCCUCCAUCCUCCAGGAUCGUGAGAUCCUGCCCUGGCUGGUGGAGACCCCACCGUGGCCAGCAGAGCUCAACGGUUAGCUAAGCCUGCUGUCACUCAGAUAGGGCGGGUGCGGCUGCCUCCGAGGCCACCCUCGUCACCUGCUGGGGUGCCUACCUGUGGCCAGAAGGGUCUGCUAGCAGAUCCACGGGAAGCAGCAACAUUCCUGUUCAACCUAGCGCUGGUCCUCUUGUGAGUCAGAGAGGCCCAAACCCUUUCUCCUCUCUGCCUCACGUGAGCCAAAUGCAGAUGUAGGAACUGACCAGGAGAAGGGUCAGACAGGCUGAAACCAGGGAGGAAACCAGCUGCCAGGCUCAAGUACAAGGGGCUCUUUUUUCCUGCAGCAUUUCUGUGCAGUGGAAAUAGCCUCAGCCCACUGAGGGCUAGAGGGAGUGGGUGGCUGGAAUUUCCCGAGCUCCUGAUAUCCUGACAUUGUCAGAAUGUAAGUUUUCAUCCCCAUGGUGGGAGCAAUGGAACGGCUUGUGAUGAAAUAAGUCCUGCUCUGGGCUUGCCCAACAGGGGAGCUGAAGUCAGGUUCCUUAUGCCUUAGGGUCUGAACAGGACGAUACUAUUGGAGGCACACACCCCAGCCUUUCCGUAAAGAUGUUCGAUGUUACGUCAGUUCAUCUCUGGUCUUGUGCUGGGUCCCUAGGCAUUCUAGUCAGGCCUGGAGUACUUGAUGUUCCUGACAGAAGUGUUGAUCUGUGUCAUCUUCCAACACGAACUUUUACUUCCUUGGGAGAGAACUCAUCUUUGUAGGGAAGAUCCCCUGCAAUAGCUGAACUGUGGGUGUUUGAAGAUUUUCUUCCUUUGCUACUAGGACGAAAAAUUCUUUGGUGAUUCUUCUCUGCUUUUGGAGAUGGUUCAAAGCACCUUCCUUGAUCUCCUGAAACAAAAGCCUUGUUUAGAGCCAGUUCGUGCUUGGGAAACAGCUGGGUUAGGAGGAGAAUGCCCAAGAUUAAACCACAGGUCCUGCUUGGGCUCUGCUUUAGAAAUGAGGGCAGCCGGGGGGGGUGCUUCCCUGACAGUGCAUCGUCCAGCUCAGGAUGGAGGAGCCUGAGCCCCUCUUGUGAUGAAAGGUGAGCAGGUAACCCAAGCUGAGGCCUCUGUGGGUGCCUUGGAGACAUGAAUUGAGGAGCACACCCUCGCUGCCUCGAACCAUACUCUAUCCAAUGGUAAGACUUCGUGUCCCCUCUUGCCUUGCAGGGCUGGUACUCAGUGCUCAAGUCCUAGACUUGGGGGAGCUUUGCAUUCAUUUGACUUCCUGUUUUGCAGAGUUAAGUCAGAUGGGCAGGUAUUGGAUGAAUCUACUCACUGCUCCUGCCAUCCCAUCUUGGAGGAGGUACCUUGUAGAUGCCUCCUGGUACCUUGGGGGAGGGUCAGAACUUCCCAGAUAAACAUACAAAUAUUCUCCCAACCUAGGUAGCAGGGACUGUCUCUGCCACUCUGGCAUGAUAAAUAAAAGAUUGGGGUCAAGUUUUUGUUGUUCAAAGACUGGUUGAAUGGUUUGCCUGUUUUAAUUAUUCUGAGAUGGGUCUGUGAUCUAUAAAUAAUACUGAUACAUUAUUUCUUACCUUAUUGUGUCUGACCCUGAAUUGAUUUUAUUUAGGAGUAUUUAAGCCUGUGAUCUUGAGCUUGUUUUUUUAUGCGUUGAUUCUUUAGGACAUAAUCAGUGUUGUAGACACUAUUCCUUUGAAAGACAUGAGAAAUAUCAGGACCAAGGCUGGCUUACGUGCCUUAGAGGCUUUGAAUGCAAUAAAGUGGCGUUUGGUGUUCUUGCACACAUUGCAGUGUGUGUAGAAAGUGUUCCUUAACUGUCAUGCUGGAGUCAGUAAAUGAGGUGCCCAAGGGCCUCUGAGUGCCCCGCACUCAGCUGCCUGCUAGAUUUCAGCAGAGCUGGAGCCUACUUGAGGCUGCUUGGGUGGGGCAGCCCCUCAGGAAGCUUGCCAUGAAUUCUCAGCCAAAUGUCCUUCUGGGCUUUGCUUCAAGAUGAUCUGAGGAUGAGGGUAGGGAGGCAGGGGAGGGGUAUGAGUGAAGAGGUAAAUAAACCACAAUUGAGUAAUUAAGGAAACAGUGGUGGAAAUAUGAGUGUUUACUAUAUUAUUCCUUCUACUGUUGUCUCUGUUUGAAAAUUCCUAUAAUAAAAACUUAAAAACAAUGAAACAAAACUAGCUAGCAAUGGGCCCAGAUUUUAUCCAUGUUUGAACAGGGGAAGGGAGUUGUGGGAGAUGUGGAUUUGAGGUUGCUGUAUAAUAACUUGACUGGCUGUUGUCUCUUGUUCCUGGUGGGGAGAUUCUAAAUCCUUGGAAUUGCCCUCAGUAAUGGGAGUGUCCUUAUUGUUCACCAGCCCCUUGGAUCACAUCUGAGCUUAUGCUAAGAGAUGAGAUGACCCAGGAUCGGGGCUGGUCAUCAGAGAGACCAGGCAUGAGAUUAUAAAUAAAAUAACAUGUACACAGCAAAGGAAACCAUAAAGAAAACAAAACAGAAAGACACCCACGGAAUGGGAGAAAAUAUUUGCAAAUGAUGCAACAGACAAGGGCUUAAUUUCCAGAACAGACCAGCACCUCAUACAAGAGCAACAACAAAAAACAACCCAAUCUAAAAAGAGCAGAAGACCUAAAUAGAUAAUUCUCCAAAGAAGACAUACAGAUGGUCAAUGUACACGUGAAAAGAUGCUCAGUGUCACUAAUUAUUAGAGAAAUGCAAAUCAGAACUACAGUGAGGUACCAUCUCACACCAGUCAGAAUGACCAUCUUUUAAAAGUCUGUAAAUAACAAAUGCUGGAGAGGUUGUGGAGAAAAGGGAACCUUCCUACACUGCUGGUGGGAAUGUAAGUUGGUUCAGUCACAAUGGAAAACAGUGUGGUGGUUCCUAGGAAAACUAAAAAUAUUAUAAAAUUAACCAUAUGAUCCAGCAGUCCCACUCCUAGGCAUAUAUCUGGACAAAACUAUAAUUUAAAAAGAUACAUGUACCCCUGUGUUCAUAGCAGCAUUAGUCAUGAUAGCCAAGACAUGGAGACAACCUAAAAGUUCAUCGACGGAGGAAUGGGUAAGAAGAGGUGGCAUGAUGGGAUACUACUCAGCCGUUAAAAAUGAAAAUGUGAUUUGCAGCAACAUGCAUUCAACUAGAGAUGAUCACACUAAGCGAAGUCAAAAAGAGGAAGACAAAUACCAUAUGACGUAACUCACAUCUGUUAUCUAAAAUAUGGCACAAAUGAACCCAUCUGCAAAGUAGAAACAGACUCAGACAUAGAGAACAGGCUUGUGGUUGCCAAGGGGUGUGGGGAAGGGUUGGACUGGGAGUUUGGGGUUAGUAGAUGCAAACUAUUAUAGAUAGAAUGGAUGGACAACAAGGUCCUACUAUAUAGCACAGAGAACUAUAUUCAACAUCCUGGGAUAAACCUUAAUAGAGAAGAAUAUAAAAGGAAUGUUCAUAUGUUGUAUAACUGAGUCACUCUGCUUGCAGCAGAGAUUGGCAUAACAUUGUAGAUCAACUAUACUUCAAUAAAUUAAAAAAAGAAAAUAAUGUAUAUGCUGCUCUUGUUGGGUGGAGGGUUCUGUGUCAGUUGGUCAAGUUGGUUGAUAAAUGUUUAGGUCUUUUAUACUCUUUAAAACAAUUUGUUUGGCUGUGCUGGGUCUUAGUUGUGGUAUGUGGGAUCUUUCAGUUGCAGCGUGAAAACUUUUACCUUAGUUGCAGCAUGUGGGAUCUAGUACCCUGACCAGGGAUUGAACUCGGGGCCCCUGCAUUGCGAGCAUGAAAUCUUAGCCACUGGAUCACCAGGGAAAUCCCAGGUCUUUUAUAUGCUUAUUGAUUUGUGUCUACUUGUAUUAAUCACUGGGAGAAGGGUGUUAGAAAUCUCUAAAACUUUGAAUGUAUCUACCUUUCCUUGAGGUUCUGUCAGUUUUCAUUCUAUGUAAUUUGAAGUUGCCUUGUGCUUAGAGCUCAGUUGUGUCUGACUCUUGCACCCCUAGGAGCUUGCCAGGUUCCUCUGUUCAUGGGAUUUCCCAGGCAAGAAUACUGGAGUGGGUUGCCAUUUCCUUCUCCAGGGGAUCUUUCCAACCCAGGAAUUGAAUCUGGGUCUGCCUGAAGCUGCCCUACUAAGUGUAUAAAUACUUAGGAUUUUUAUGUUCUUUUGGUGAUUUGACCUCUUUAUGAACUAACCCUUUUUACACUGCUACUAUUUUUUGCUCUGAAAAACCACUUCUUGUGAUAUUAAUAUAGACAGUCUAAUUUUCUUUUGAUUAAUGUUAGUGUGACAUAUCUUUCUUUCAUUCUUUUGCUUUUAACCUGUUUCGUCAUAUUUAAAGUGUAUGAGCAUGUAUUUGGGUCUUGCAGAUCUGACAGUCUGUUUUCGAUUGGUAUGCUUAGACCAUUUACAUUUAAUGUAAUUGAGCAUGUAGAUUGGGAAAUAAUGGUGUGGUUAUCUCUGGGGAAAAAAAUCUGUCAUAAUCCUCUGAGUCACUUCUUGAAAACAAAUGAAACCAUGUGACUCAUAUUGGGACUUGAACCUGGCCAAAACCCAGGUUGGGAUUUGAACCCACAGUCUUUUAACUGAGAUCACACCUGGUCUCAGGGCUUAAUGAAUCUGAGAAGUUCUUGAUGUCUCAUCACAGAAAGAAUUCAGUGAGAGACAAAGUGAUCGGUAAGAAGUGGAUUUAUUUAGAGAGAAAAACACACCACAGACAGUGUGUGGGCUGUGUUAGAAGGUGAGAGAGAGCCUCGAAAUUGGCAGGUUAGUUUUUAUGGGCUGGGUAGUUUCAUAGGCUAAUGAGUGAGAGGAUUAUUCCAGCUAUUUUGAAGAAUGGUGGAGAUUUGCAGGCAGUGGCCACCACCCUCUUUUUGGUCUUUGAUGGUUGGCCUCGAAACUGACAAGCUGCUGAUGAGCGUAUCACUUGACACAUGCUAAUAUAUUAUGAUGAACACAUGAAGAGACUCAAGGUCCACUGAAGGUGAUGUAUUCUGCCAACCAGAACCUAGUUGGUUCUAACCAGUUUUCAGCACAUACCCAAUGGCUAUGUCAUUCUUUUAAAGGUUAGGCCGUGCCCCCCUUCCUUCCUGUUUCACUUACACACUGGUUUCAGCUUGCCAACACCUGUAAUAAUUUAGUAUUGUUCUUUGAAAAUGUUGUUUUGAGUAUGAGGGAAUGUUUUUAUAUGUGUGUGUGUAUAUAUAUAUAAUUACUCAGUUUGCAACUUUGCAUUCAUCUUUGUGUAAAAGAUUCAGAUACACAUACAAAUGGCAUUUGACUUUCAAUACCAAUGUCCAUGAAUAAUAUUAGAAUAUUAAUCACCCUCUGUUGCCACUGGGACUAUCAGAUACAAUAACCCUUAAAGUUACAAAAAGAAGUGUUACCUAUUUAGAGCACAAAAACUAAAUUCUUAAAAUGCCAUGCAAAUCAAUGUUUCUUUUAACAGAAACUACUUUUUUAAAAAAAAAAAAAAAAAGCUCAAAAGUUUAUUCCCACUUUAUAAAACAGUCAUUGCUUAUCUGUAAGAAAUGACAUCUCUUUAUACAACACUUAAAGAAAAGGCUGAAUGCAAUCUGUGCUGUGUUCCCUUUUUGGAAAGUUAUUUUUUGAAAACUAUAAGUCUAAAUUUUCUAAUGGUGUAGGAAGUGCCAACUAUCUUUAGUCAGAAAUAGAUGCCAGUUAUGUCAUCUCAAAACAAUUCUAUGAAGUGUAAACAAAAAAGCUACAUUUAUUUUCGUGUUGUGGGUUGCUGCACAAUUUUGUGCUAUUCUAUGAGCAGCCCUUUGCUCUGUUAGUAGGAGCCCCACCUGUUAGGUGGAGUGGUUUCUGUUUUGUAUUUCUAACACUUAAUUUCUAACAUUAAUUCAUGAUUCAUGAUUCUUUAUGUCUAGCUGUUUAAGUUGCCUCAAGUCAGAUUUGCUUAGCAAAUUCUAACAAUGGCACACAGUGACCUUCCUUUUGUCACCUUUCUGGAAGGUAGCCAAUUAUGAGAAACUACAGUGGUACUGGGUACUCUUGAACACUUUUAGGAAAUAGUAGUUGCUACCAUGAGGAAAAGGAAAGAGUAAUAGAAGUGAUAAUUCCUAAUUUUAUGGCAAGAUAGACACUAAGAGAAGCUGAAAAGUAGAGGUAGGAAUUCUGUUCCACAGUCAUCUUUUCUCUUGUGUAUUUUUAAUCUUUCCCUUUCCCCUACGCUGCAUGGCAACCCACUCCAGUAUUCUUGCCUGGAGAAUCCCAUGGACAGAGGAGCCUUGCAGGCUAUGUCCAUAGGGUUGCAAAGAGCUGGACACAACUGAAGCGACUUAGCAUGCAUGCAUGCUGCCAAUUAUGCCGUUACAUUUCUUUCUUUAAAAAAAAUUAUUUUAUUUUUGACUGUGUUGUGUCUUCAUUGCUUUGCAUAGGCUUUCUCUAGUUGCUGUGAGUGGUGGCUGCUCUUCGUUGCAGUGCAUGAGCUUCACAUUGCAGUGGCUUCUCUUGUUAUGGAGCUUAAUAGUUGCGGCUUGUAGACUCUAGAGCACGAGCUCAAUAGCUGUGGUACAUGGGCUUAGUUGCUCCUUGGUAUUCAGAAUCUUCUUGGUUGAGAGAUCUAACUUGUGCCCCUACAUUGGCAGGCAGAUUCUUAUCCACUGCAUCACCAGGGACCUCUGCCACUAUACUUUUUUAACAAAGCACCAAUAUUUAAUGAAAAAUCACACUAACUUGCUAAAUCUGUUGUAGUCCAAGUGUUACAGGAAGGGGGACCCCUUCCAGGGCCUGAAAGUGGGCUUUUAUCUAACACUCGGAAAUGAAUCGUCCAAGGAGACACACAUGCUGAUAAAGCAAGAGACUUUAUUGGGAAGGGGUGCCUGGGUGGAGAGCGGUGGGGUGAGGGAACCCAGGAAGACCGCUCUGCCACAUGGCUGGCAGUCUCAGGGUUUAUGGCGAUGGUAUUAGUUUCCGGGUUGUCUCUGACCAGUCAUUCUGACUCAGAGUCCUUCCUGGUGGCGCACGCGUCACUCAGCCAAGAUGGAUGCCAGCGAGGAGGGUUCUGGGAGGUGGUCGGACAUGUGGUGUCUCCUUUUGAUCUUUCCUGAACUCUUCUGGUUGGCAGUGGCUUAUUAGUUCCAUGUUCCUUACCAGGACCUCCUAUCAUAAAACAACUCACGCAAAUGGUUACUCUGGUGCCUGGCCAGGGUGGCUGGUUUGAGUAAGUGUGCUUCCCCUGACGUGAGGGUCUGCCUCCCAGGUCCUGGUUCAUCUUCAGCUGCUCCAUGCAGGACAGCUGCUCCUCUGUUACUGAACACAAGUUCACGUGCCUGAUGCACAGUGAAGUCCCUGGAUCCAAGCUUGCUCUGCUCACUGCACAACAGGCCAGUAAACCAUGAGGUAAAGUGUUGAGGCAAGAAACACAACUGUAUUUGGAAAGCUGGCAGACUGAGAAGAUGGAGGACUAGUGUUCCCCUAGAAACCAUUUUAUUGGGGUCUGGAUGCCAGUUUCUCUUAUAGAACAGAAAGGAAGAGGAGAUGAGCAAGUAAAAUAAAAUGGCAAUUAGUAUUGCAAAAUAUUGCCUGGCUUGACCAGCAUCAGGGAGGGGAUGUAUUAAUUUCUUCUUUUCUGUAGCUGUGAAUACCUGUGAAUACACAGGUGGGCAGGGUCAGAUUGUCGCUCUGUGAGAUAAACAAAGUCACUUUAGUUUAAUACUCAGACAGAGGGGCACAUUUCCUGGGGCAGGCCACCAUGUGUGAAUGUAAUAACAAAAGCAAUGAGAAAAAACUCAGAGAAACAGAUCCAACACAGAGUCAGAUUUUGCUAAACUUCUUGUUACAGUGAAGCCAAAUAAACUGAAAUGUCAGAGUCUGGAGCAGAGAAAGGUUUAUGGCAGUGUCAAGAAAGGAGAAUGGGUGGCUUGUGUUUAAAAGCCUUGACGUCCCUGAUAGUUUGGGAGAAGGAUUUCUUAUAGGCAACUUUUGGGGUAAGGGCUGCAGGGUGUGUGACUUUCUUCUGAUUGGUUGAUGGUGAGGUAACAGGCUGGUGCUCCAAGGAUCUAAUGAUCAUGGAGAAGUUACCGUCCUCCACCUUGGUAGAGACCUUUGUUUCUGCAGAAGAACUCAAAGAUCCUGUUUUGUGUAUUCUUCAGGAGGAAUCAGGACCCUGCCCCGAGGCUAUACUAUUAUUUCUUGACUGCUCCUCCUGUGUUUCUGUAUUCCUUCCCUUCCUUGAUGAGCAACUGUUUGAAUCUGCCCUUUGGAACUCAGGGAAGGUCAAGGAGGCUGAAUGAAACCUACUGCCUACCAAUAAGAAAAGUGGACACAGAAAGGACUUGCACCCAGCACGGCCCCACAGGGUCCUGCUGCGUCACCUCCAUGUGACUUGUCCUGUCCCCACCCUCCCCCAGGUACGGCUCCGGUUCACUAGUGCUUCCUCACCUAGAACCCUGGCUUACCACCCCCUUGAAACAAUGCUCCUGUUGCUACAGUGGCCUCGUGGACAGGUGCCUUAUUCCGUGAGCAUUUUUUGAGUUCCAGUUAUGUGCCAGGCGUUGUUCUCAUGCUGGGGACACAAUGGGAAAAAAAAACACCACCACCAAACCCUGCUUUCAUGGAUCCUACACUCUAGCAGAGGGUACAGACAAUACACAAAGUAUUAGUUAAGGAAAAACUGCUAUAAAGAAAGUAAGGUAAGGGGAUAGCAAAGCUCUAUACAGUCAGCAAAAUCAGUACCUGGAGGUGACUGAGGCUCAGAUCAUGAACUCCUUAUUGCCAAAUUCAGACUUAAGUUGAAGAAAGUAGGGAAAACUGCUAGGCCAUUCAGUCAGUCAGUUCAGUUGCUCAGUCGUGUUCAACUCUUUGCAACCCCAUGGACUGCAGCACGCCAGGCUUCCCUGUCCACCACCAACUCCUGGAGUUUACUCAAACUCAUGUCCAUUGAGUUGGUGAUGCCAUCCAACCAUCUCAUCCUCUGUCGUCCCCUUCUCCUCCCAUCUUCAGUCUUUCCCAGCAUCAGGGUCUUUUCUGAUGAGUCAGUUCUUUGCAUCAGGUGGCCAAAGUAUUGGAGCUUCAGCAUCAGUCCUUCCAAUGAAUAUUCAGGACUGAUUUCCUUUAGGAUGGACUGGUUGGAUCUCCUUGCACUCCAGGGACUCUCAAGAGUCUUCUCCAACACCACAGUUCAAAAGCAUCAAUUCUUCGGCACUCAGCUUUCUUUAUAGUCCAACACUCACAUCCAUACAUGACUACUGGAAAGACCAUAGCUUUGACUAGACAGACCUUUGUUGGCAAAAUAAUGUCUCUGCUUUUUAAUAUGCUGUCUAGGUUGGUCAUAACUUUCCUUCCAAGGAGUAAGCGUCUUUUCAUUUCAUGGCUGCAAUCACCAUCUACUGUGAUUUUCGAGGCCAAAAAAAUAAAGUCUGUCAGUGUUUCCCCAUCUAUUUGCCAUGAAGUGAUGGGACCAGAUGCCAUGAUCUUAGUUUUCUGAAUGUUGAGCUUUAAGCCAACUUUUUCAGUCUCCUUUUUCAGUGUCAUCAAGAGGCUCUUUAGUUCUUCUUUACCUUCUGCCAUAAGGGUGAUGUCAUCUGCAUAUCUGAGGUUAUUGAUAUUUCUCCUGGCAAUCUUGAUUCCAGCUUGUGCUUCAUCCAGUCCCACAUUUCUCAUGAUGUACUCUGCGUAUAAUUUAAAUAAGCAGGGUGACAACAUACAGCCUUGAUGUACUCCUUUCCCUAUUUGGACCCAGUGUGUUGUUUCAUGUCCAGUUAUAACCAUUGCUUCCUGACCUGCAUACAAGUUUCUCAAGAGGCAGGUCAGGUUGUCUAGUACUUCCAUCUCUUUAAGAAUUUUCCAGUUUGUUGUGAUCCACAUAGCCAAAGGCUUUGGCAUAGUCAAUAAAGCAGAAGUAGAUAUUUUUUUGGAACUCUCUUUUUCGAUGAUCUGGCAGAUGUUGGCAGUUUGAUCUCUGGUUCCUCUGCCUUUUCUGAAUUCAGCUUGAACAUCUGGAAGGUCACGGUUCACAUACUUUUGAAAGGCCAUUCAGGUAUCAGCUAAUUCAAUCCCUUAUGAUUAUACAGUGGGAUAGAUUGAAGGGAUUAGGUCUGAUAGACUAAGUGCCUGAAGAACCAUGGACAGAGGACUAUAAUGAGGUGGAAAUUUCUAGGCCAUCAGUAUAGGACUCUGAGAUCUCAGUCUUGUUUUCAAUAAACAUCUCGCACCAUUAACCUAAAGCUAUACCCCUUGUUCUGAAUUCCUGGAAUGUGUUCUUGGUCUGAUAAAUUAUCAGCACUCAGAUCCAGGGAAGGGCUGUAAUUAGCUUCUGUUCCACAUGCUUGAGGGGAAAACAAGUGGUGAUCAUUAAUCUUUAGCCCAUACAUCUGUUCCAUUGUAAAAUGACCAGGGGGCAUUUCUUCAAUCCGAGGAUCAACAGAAGCCAUAAAGAUGUUAAGUUGACCUUUAAACUGAUUGGUUAAAAAUGAUCUAUUUUAAGGAAAGGAGCCAACCAAAAACGUACAGGUUAAUAUGGGUAAAGAUAUAAACUGUUGUAAGUCCCACCUUUGGGGGACUCUCUACCCCAUCUCAGUGUCUAUGCUGAGAGUUUUGUACUUUCCUUCUCUUUAAUAAAUGCUAUUUGCUUGCUA